UCUUACAAUGGCACCUUUUGCGUUAGCGCUUUUUACACUGGUUUCCAGUUUCACUGCUUCGUCAAUUGCAGGAAUUGCGUCGACGCAAGAACUUCAUAGGCAUUACUUUGGUGCUGGUGAUUUUGAUUUUGAUUUUUGGUACUGGGAUCUCACCUGGCUCGUGUGGGACAAGCAGUGCUCCAAAUAUAAUAUAAGCCGUCCAGUAGAUACUCGCAUUACAGGUGGCGAUUUGGCUGCGCCCAAUAUGUUCCCCUAUCAGGUGGGUCUUCUAUUGCUGCGCGCCCCAAAAAUUUAUCAAUGCGGUGGUACAUUGAUAUCGGUUAGUUAUGUGCUCACAGCGGCGCAUUGUUUAUAUAAGUCUACCCGUGGCAAAGUUUUUCUAGGUUCUACAGAUUUCGCCAAUCCGAUAACCUCUGCUGCUGUUUACAAUGUUAGUGAAGAUGAUUUUUUUGUUUACGAGAAAUACACAUUACGUGGUGGUCGUGAUGACAUCGGUCUUAUACGCCUACCCUCGCCGGCAAUGCUUUCCGCUGCUGUACAGACCAUACCACUAGCGCGCCGCUUUAUGACGCAGUCAUUGUUGGAGGGUGAAAUCGUCACCACAUCUGGCUGGGGCCUUACAGCAGACGCUGAUGGGGGAAAAAUGGUAUUCAAUUUGUUGUUGUAUUAUGUAGAUGCACCAGUGAUGGCGCUGAGAGAGUGUGCUUGCUAUUAUCUGCCCGGGUUGGUACGUAGCCGUAACCACAUUUGCGCGAGUGGCGCUGGUGGACGUGGCAGCUGUGAUGGUGACUCUGGCGGACCACUAACUUAUUAUUAUCGCAAUAAAACCUAUUUGGUUGGAUUGACCGCCUUUGGCAGCGCUGGGGGCUGUGAAAUUGGUUUUCCCUCUGUGUAUACGCGUAUCACUUCAUAUUUAGAUUGGAUUGCUGAGCGUACAGGAAUAAAAGUUGAUUAAAUAAGAGCAAUGAGUGAGAGAGAUUGCGAAUUGAGUUGAUGCUUAGCUCCAUUAUUUAUAGUUCUAUUAGUUUUUUUCUUUAUCACUGAUAGUUAAUUGUUCAUGCUUUGCAGUGUAUUCUCUUAAAGUAUAUCAAAAAUAUUGAGCAAUAAUGUUUUCCGCAAAGGAAAUUCAAUAAAAAUGUUCUAUUAAAGUUGUUUAGUUGUUUGCUGUGCGUAAAAGCAAUAUCACCUACCAAAUUUUCGUAAUAGCUACCCGCAAUGAGGCCCAAACAAUUAACGCCUAAUUGAACGCCAUUAAUUAUGUAGAAGAGCUGGAAGCACUACGCAUGAAGAAAAUAGCUUUGUAGGCAACAACAACAACAAGUGUCGAAAAACAAAGAUAUCAGCGGCAAUAACUGGUAUAAUAGAAGUGCUGCGCAGUAACAGCGUUUUCAUCAACAAUACCAAAGGGAGUCUAACGCAUGGGCUAACCGCAAUACAAAUACUUGAACAAACCAAUUAAGUAAAUGGGCACGCAAAUACAUAAGCAACCGAUUUCAGUGUUCAUGAUACUGUUAUUUUCUGUAUUUUUUCCUCUACUGCGUAAAAGCUGCAGCGUUAAUUUUGUCGUUUUAUUGGUUCUUCUUGGCUAUUUUCGAAUCAACUAAAAUGACAGUGCGUAUGAGUAACCAA